UGCCGUUAGAUCUGACAUAGUAUUCUAAAUCUACCAUUCACUUGAAAAAUCUACUACUUUUUGUGUAGUUUUUUAAUUUUACUUGGGUUUUAGAAAGUGGGGGUCUUUACUAGAUUCGUCAUCUCAUGCUUAUGUCAAAAGGCAUCUAGAUUCCUUCCCAAUGCUACUUGCUUUAAUGCCUGUUUGAUCAUAGAAACAUCCACUUCUCUGCAUUUCCUUUUGAGUUUCUCUUCUUUCCUCCUAGAGAGAGAGACUGAAUUAUGAACUCUUUGACCUUCUAGCUAUGUCCAACAAUUUAUAUUGUAACUAUUUAGACAGAAUCGAUCAAGGAAUGGAACUUCUAUGUCCAGCAUCAUAUCUACAAAACUCGAAUUGGAUGUUUGAGGAAACCAAGGGGUCGAAAUGGACACUGGAAGAGAACAAGCAGUUUGAGACUGCACUGGCGUUAUUCGAUAAGGAUACUCCAGAUCGUUGGUGUAAUGUGGCAGCCAUGAUUCCGGGCAAAACUGUGAAUGAUGUGAUCAAACAAUACAAGGAAUUGGAAGAGGAUGUUAGUGAUAUAGAGGCAGGGCUGAUACCAAUUCCAGGGUACCUUAGUAGUUCUUUCAACUUGGAGUGGGUGAACCAUCAAGGUUUUGAUGGGUUGAAACAAAUUUAUGGCCCAGGCGGAAAAAGGAGUUCAUCAACUAGGACUGCUGAUCAAGAAAGGAAAAAAGGUGUGCCAUGGACAGAGGAAGAGCACAGGCAAUUUCUGAUGGGACUACAGAAGUAUGGUAAAGGGGACUGGAGAAGUAUCUCUCACGAUUUUGUGACCACUAGGACACCAACUCAGGUUGCUAGUCAUGCUCAGAAAUACUUUAUCAGGCAGCUUUCUGGGGGGAAGGAUAAAAGAAGGUCAAGCAUCCAUGAUAUCACAACCAUCAAUCUCUCAAACAGUAAAGUUCCUUCACCAGACCAUAAUAAACCUCCUUCAGCAAAUAACUCUAACAUGGUUGUGCAGCCGCAGGACUCAAAUAUGAAUGGCAUGGCCAAAGCAAAAUAUGACUGGAACCUGACCAGUCAAGGACCACCAGUGGCUUUGAACCUGCCAAACAGCAUCUUGAUGAUUGCCCCUCCUCAUGGGACUUCUCCAAAUGAACUAAAACUGCAGGUACAAAAUCUGCACGAAGGCACUCUUCAUGGACCUUGGUUUGGACCUCACAAUCCAAAUCUUCAACUGCAAUCACGACAACUCCGAUGACUCUGUUAAACAGAUGUAAGCUCACUUCUAAAGGAAUUGUAGUGACAAAUUUUAUUUGUGAAGUUGGAUGUUGCUAUCCACUUGCACCCUUGCCUAUGUGCGAAUAUGGGGAUGAAGACUUGAGUUAGUUAAUAGUGACAAGAUUCUAGCAAGAAGGGAAUCAAAUCAUAGUUUGAAGUCAUUUACAUAUUAAGCUUGUGUAUAUACAGCUGGCUCCUUUCAGAGACUUAUUCAAAUCGCCUAUGCUGCUAUGCAGCCUCCACGUUCAUCAGGAGAUAAGUUUCUUUGAGAAAGUAUGCAAAGCUGUCCGAAGUCUUGGCCAAGAAAGAUAUAGUUGAACUUAGGUUAUAUAACUGUUCAUUAUUAAACACCAUGUGUAAAUUCAAACCGAGAUUCCUAUUAGACCCUUUGCUGUAGUUCUUUUUAGAUCCUCAUGCCCCUGGUUAUAAU